AUGGCCUUUGCUAUUGAUGAGAUUAACAGAAAUCCCAACCUGCUCUCUAAUGUUACUCUGGGAUACAGUCUCUAUGAUAACUGCAUUGAGUUAUCAAUCGGAUUUCGUGCAGCAAUGUCCUUAAUCAGUGGUCAAGCAGGAGUGAUGGCAUCAGAGGAGACCUGUGUAGGUCUUCCAGUCAUAGGGAUUGUUGGUGAUUCUUUCUCUACAUCUACUAUUGCCAUCUCCACAGUUCUUGGGUUGUACAGAGUGCCUCUGGUCAGUUAUUUUGCCACAUGUUCCUGUCUGAGUGACCGAGAAAAGUUUCCAUCCUUUUUUAGGACAAUUCCCAGUGAUUCAUUUCAGGUCCGUGCAAUGAUUCAGAUUCUAAAACACUUUGGUUGGACUUGGGCAGGUCUGCUCAUCAGUGAUGAUGACUAUGGAGUCCAUGCUGCUCGAGCCUUUCUCUCUGACUUGGGUCCAAUUGCAGGAGGUUGUCUGGCUUACAUUGAAGUUUUGCCUUGGGGAGACAACCGAGCUGAACUGAAGAGAAUAGUUAAUGUGAUGAGGAAAUCUACUGCUCGUGUUGUCAUUGUUUUUGCUCUUGAAAGUCACAUGCUCAAACUAAUGGCAGAGGUGAAUCAGUUCUGGGAACACAUCUUUAAAUGUAGAUUUGCUCCACCUCCAGAAGGUUGGAUUGAAACUGGAGGACAAUUGUGCACUGGACAGGAAGUUAUUGAGAGUGUUUUGGAGGAAGAGUUUUUUGAUGUUUCAGACCUCAGACCAGAGUAUAAUGUGUAUAAGGCUGUGUAUGCUCUGGCACAUGCUCUUGAUGACAUGCUGCAGUGUGAGCCAGGGAGAGGACCUUUCAGUGGAGACACCUGUGCUCAAUUACAAGGACUGGAACCAUGGCAGCUCAUGUUUUAUUUGGAAAAAGUCAACUUCACCACAUCAUUUGGUGAUCAGGUUACAUUUGAUGAAAACGGUGACGCUUUACCCAUCUAUGACAUCAUGAACUGGGUGUGGCUUCCUGAUGGAAGCACUAAAGUUCAAAAUAUUGGUGAGGUUAGGAGGUCGGCCAAAAUUGAUGAGCUCAUGAUUGACGAAAAAAAAAUCUUCUGGAACUUUGUAUUCAAUCAGCCCCCCAGGUCAGUGUGCAGUGAGAGUUGCCCUCCAGGAACUCGUAUGGCCCACAAGAAAGGGGAACCUGAGUGUUGUUUCGACUGUGUUCCUUGUUCAGAGGGAAAGUUCAGCAACACUACUGCAAUGGUCGUCCUUGCUGUCUUCAAGGCCUCCAAACCAGGAGCUGAGGCCAGUUUAAAGUGGUUUGGUGCCGUUCAGCAAAGAGGAACAGUUCUUGUUCUGACAUGUUUUCAAGCUGUAAUCUGCACUGUCUGGCUUGUCUUGGCUUCACCUGCACCACAUAAAAACACCCAGUAUUACAGUGACAAGAUAGUGUAUGAAUGUGCCAUUGGCUCCACUGUUGGUUUUGGAAUCUUACUUGGUUACAUUAGUUUACUAGCAGUCCUCAGUUUUGUCUUAGCUUUUUUGGCACGAAAUCUUCCAGACAGCUUUAAUGAAGCCAAACUCAUUACUUUCAGCAUGCUAAUCUUCUGUGCAGUGUGGGUGUCCUUUGUUCCUGCCUAUAUCAGCUCACCAGGAAAAUAUGCAGAUGCAGUAGAGGUGUUUGCCAUUCUCGCCUCUAGUUUUGGCCUAUUGGUGGCACUGUUUGGACCUAAAUGUUAUAUUAUGCUAAUGAGACCAGAGAGAAACACAAAGAAAGCCAUAAUGGGUCAUAAAUGCUAACGAAAUAUAAGAAUUCCUUGUGUAAACCACAGCAUGGUUAAAAUUAAAGAAAGAAAUAGAAGUGAUAGCAGAAAACAAAAUGGAGAUGUUUUGUUCUACUUGUGUGACGCAUGCAAAUCAAUUGCUGAGCCACCUCCCUGAAGAUAGUUCUCAAUUCCUUAUCAACAAUCUGAUGUAGCUUUAUUUGACAAAGUAUACUGGGGGUCUUGAUUUAUUUAGAGGUUCAGUUCACAGAGGUGACGUAAAUCGAAUUUUCAGAAAAUCAGAAGUGAUAAAGCUAACAAAUGGGUAAGAAGUGUUAAAUAAGUACACAUUCAAACAGGUUUUUUUGAUAUAUCAAAUAUUUUGGGCAAAUCAACUGUCCGAAGUUGAAACUCUUUGUGUAUAUACAGUUUUUGAUAACAUAUAAUGUUUGGUACAAAGUUUCAAUUUAAAUUUCAAUGGGCCUGGUUAUGUAGUAUGGUAUUUAGCCAAAAGCUAAUAGGGCAAAUCAAUAAACAUAUGUUACACCUUGGAUAAAUGCGUUUUCCCCACACUUCAAGAGUGAGCACUGCAGAGCAACUGUUCAGAAACCCAAACAUUAGCUAAUUAAAACAAAAACUCAGAAACACAACACAAUGAACACAAGGCAGCAAUACUAAACAACAGCAUGACAAAGACUGAGUGAGGGAGAGAGGUAUUUAUAUACACAGGGCACCAGGUGACACAAGUGAGACUGAUUACUAGGGAAUACGGAUACAGGUGAGUGUGAUCAAUCUAAUUAACACAGCAGAAACAGAAAGGAGGCAAGGGAGACAGACAGACCUCACAGGUUCUUUUUUUUGAACUAAAGCCAGAAUUUUGUCCUAUAUGAAAAACAUUUUUUAUGUUGCUCAUGACCAUGACCUGAUAUCUUUUUUUUUUUUGAAAAGCGUAUCCAGUUGAUUCUUUUAUUGCUUAAACUGAUAAAUCAUUAUUCCACACACACAGAAGUUAUUCAAACUCUUUUAUUAUAUUAAAGAGACAAGGCUUUGGACCUUUUGGUAUAUUGG